AAGAAUACCAGGACUCCAGUGGCAUUCACACAAGCUGAGAGAGGGAAAAAAAAAAAAAAUGCCAGUAAAGCUUGUCUAUGGUGGUCACCACCAUCAUCUAUCAAUACCACCACCAGUCCUCUCUUCCCCUUAUAUCAAUUCCACUCUGAUCACUAGCAUGAAGAUGGUGGGCAUAAAGCAUGGAAAUUUGCAACACCAUACAAUUCUGCUCAGAUUCACAAAAAGGAGGUCAUCAUCUACAGCUGUCUCCAAACGGCUAAUUUCAGCCUCACUUCAACCACUAGAUUUGACAGAGGACAAUGUUAAACAGGUCUUAGAGGAUGCUAGACUUAAAUUUCCACAAAUCUUUGACAGCUCAGACGUUGGCAUAACAGGAGAAGCAAAACUUGCUGAAUUGGAUGGACCCUUUGUGAAGAUUAGUCUUAAAGGUCGGUUUUGGCACGAACGUUCCACUGUUUUAGCUAGGCUUGCCAAUUACUUGAAGCAAAGGAUUCCUGAAAUCUUGGAGGUAGAUAUCGAAGAUGAGAAACAAUUGGAUGAUAGCCCAGAAAACUUCUGAGUUAAUCUUUUGAGGGGCUGAUCAAAAGUGUCUGGCUCUCACCAUAAUCAAUUUGACAGUUUCAUAUUAGCAUGGACCAAUUUUGAUAGUCCAUGAUCUGGGCCAGCACCAGAUUGGUGGUUUUGUGACAGUGACGACGCAGUAAGGAGGAGAGCUUGGUCGGGGGAUUGUGUUUCCAAAGUGAAUGUCUGGUUCUUCUGUUCGAUGUUUGUUCCACCUCUUUGAAAUGUAAUUGGUUCUUCUGUUCGAUGUUUGUUGCACCUCUUUGAAAUGUAAUAGGUAGGCGAUAGGACUCACACUGUCUGAACUUGGCUCAUUUGAAUCAUAUCUAAAUAACCUUGCAAAGCA